CGUCAGUAAACCUUUGUAAAUCGUAACGAAUAGUGCAAAGAAUUCCUUCUUCUUCUUCUUGUACCGUUGAAAUUUUAAUUGUGCCCGUGUUUUCCGUGGUGCAUCCAAAGUGUGAAAGUGUGAAUUAUAUUUCGAAAGAAAUCACCAGUGUGGAUAUACGUUACCGAUAAUUCUUCAUUUUGUGACCAAGGAGCGAGCCGGCAGAUAAAAUGUGCGAGAACGAUAAGUCAGUCAAGUGCGAGAACGCGGAGGAAGAGGACGACGACAUGUUCGAACAAGAUUUGCUCGAGGAUGCACAGUGGAAACGAAUACAACAGAACACGUUCACGAGGUGGGCGAACGAGAGGCUCAAGGCAAUGAACAAACAUAUCGGUGAUUUGGAAUGCGAUUUGUCCGAUGGUCUUCGACUGAUCAGUUUGAUCGAGGUGCUCGCACAGAAAAAACUUCCUAAGCACAAUCAGAGGCCCAUCUUCAGAUCUCAGAAAUUGGAAAAUGUGUCGGUGGCGUUGAAAUUUUUGGACGACGAGGGAAUAAGAAUCGUCAAUAUCGAUUCAUCGGACAUAGUAGACUGUAAAUUGAAGCUGAUACUUGGAUUAGUAUGGACGUUGAUCCUUCAUUACUCGAUUUCGAUGCCUAUGUGGGAGGGAGAGGACAGCGAUGGUACCGACAAACGUGCAACACCGAAGCAAAGAUUGAUGCGUUGGAUCCAGACGAAACUUCCAGAUUUACCAAUAACCAACUUCACUUCCGACUGGAACGAUGGACGAGCUGUUGGUGCUCUCGUCGACGCCGUUGCACCGGGUCUUUGCCCGGAUUGGCAAGAUUGGAAUCCAAACGAUGCAAUACAAAAUGCUUCCGAGGCGAUGGGAUUGGCUGACGAUUGGCUCAAUAUACCUCAGCUUAUUAAACCAGAGGAAAUGGUCAAUCCAAACAUAGACGAAAUGUCAAUGAUGACGUAUCUGUCUCAGUACCCUAACGCAAAACUGAAAACAGGAGCGCCACUUCGACCACGCACCAAUCGAAACAGCAUCCCGCCACCGCGAGUACGCGCUUAUGGUCCUGGUAUCGAGCCAACUGGUCCAGUUGUGAGUGCACCAGCUAAUUUCACCGUAGAAACAUUUUCUGCCGGCAAGGGAAACGUUGAAGUUACGGUGGAGGAUCCUGAAGGAAAUAAAAUACCGGUUGACAUUAGGUUUAAUAAAGACAAAAACCUCACCUAUUCCGUGUCGUAUACUCCAAAAAUCGAGGGGCCACACAAAAUAAAGAUACUUUUCGCUGGAAGAGAAAUUCCAAAGAGUCCUUACGUGGUCAAUGUUGAAGCACAAGCAGGAGACCCGAGUAAGGUAACAGCAAGUGGACCAGGAUUACAAUCGGACGGUGUUAUAGUUAAUAGACCUACUUUCUUCGAUAUAUUCACGAAAGAUGCCGGUCGUGGUGUACCAGAAGUAAUUAUUCUGGACCCCCAGGGUUCGAAGACAACUGUACCCGUGAAAUUACGUCAAACCCUGCCAGAAGUAUGGAGAUGCGAGUACACUCCUCCUCAAACUGGUCGACACUCGGUAAAUGUAUUCUUCGCCGGUAAAUUAAUACCUGGAAGUCCACACGGCGUCAACGUAGGUCUAGUCUCCGAUGCAAAGAAAUGUAGAGCCUAUGGACGAGGAUUACUUCCAAACGGAGUUCGUGUUCAGGACGAUGCAGAUUUCGUAAUUGUUACGAAGGACGCUAGUGAAGAUGUACCUGGAGUUAAAGUGAUUGGUCCGGGUGGAGUCAAUCGCCCUGUGCAUAUGUCAAAGGUUGACCAGAAAACGUACAAGUGCCAUUAUACACCGAUUAAAGAGGGUCGACAUAUGGUAAUGAUAACGUAUGGUGGAAAGGAAAUUUACAAGUCACCUUUCGAAGUGAACGUUGCUCCUUAUAAAGAAUCAGCAAUUAGAGCUUUCGGCCCUGGUCUUCAUGCUGGUAUCGUGAAUUAUCCAGCAAAAUUCACUGUUGAUACUAACGGUGAAACUGGUGGUCUUGGAUUUUCCAUCGAAGGUCCAUCGAAAGCAAAGAUCACUUGUCACGACAAUGGCGAUGGAACAGCCGAUGUGUCUUAUUUACCAACUGCUCCAGGACAAUACGCGGUUCAUAUACUUUGUGAUAAUGAGGAUAUUCCAAAAUCACCUUAUGUUGCAAACAUCUUACCAAAAGCUGACUUUGAUCCUGACAAGGUUGAGGUGUAUGGUCCAGGAGUUCAAGCAGAGUCCAUUCCUACUGAGAAGCCAACGAAUUUUACAGUGGAUGUAAGAAAAGCUGGCCAAGCACCUUUGGAAGUCGCUAUUCAAGAUGCUCUGGGAAGAGAUGUUCCCGUUCGAUUAGAUGAUAAUCAUGAUGGCACUGUGCAGUGUCGCUAUACUCCAACAUCUGGAUCACAACAUGUUAUUAUGGUAAAUUAUGGUGGAGUAGCAGUAAAAGAAUCUCCUUAUAGAGUGAAAGUAGAAGCACCUUUAAAUCCUGCUAUGGUAUCAGCCUUCGGACCUGGCCUCGAGAAAGGUGUCAAGUCAAACAGUCCUACGCAUUUCAAUGUCGAUUGCCGUGAAGCUGGUCCAGGCGAACUUCGCGUCACCAUGGUAAACCCUGAGGGAAGGGAGAUUCUCUUUUCAUUGACAGAUAACGAGGAUGGGACAUACACUGUUGAUUACGUGGCGCCCCAACCAGGUGUUUACUUAGUAAAUUUGAAUUAUGGAGGAUUAAGCGUACCUCAGUGCCCUAUAAAGGUGAAUGUUCAACCACACGUUGAUGUCUCGAAGAUUAAAGUGGACGGUCUUGCCCGAACGGCUCCGGUGAACAGCUUGCAGCAGUUUCGCGUAAUAACUCAAGAUGCGGGGAAAGCAGCAGACUUUCAGGUGGCGAUAACCGCCCCUUCUGGGAAUCGUGUGAAAGCUCACGUGGUAUUGACACACGACGGUUAUCUAGUGAACUUUACACCGACGGAGCUCGGUGAAUAUCUUUUGGGCAUUAGUUUCGGUGGAGAGCCAAUAUCGAAUCAGCCUUAUCGAUUAACCUGUGUACAUGGCUCCGAUCCUGGAAAGGUCCGAGCUUCUGGCCCAGGUCUCUCCCAUGGAAUAGUAAAUAAACCAGCUGAGUUCGUAAUCGAUACUCGUGGAGCUGGACAAGGAGGUCUCGGUGUUACCGUCGAAGGUCCAUGCGAAGCCGCCAUUAAUUGUCGGGAUAAUGGUGAUGGGACAUGUUCCGUUGCAUACCUACCGACGGAGAUCGGCGAUUAUGGCAUCAACAUUACGUUUAACGAAAAGCAUAUACCUGGCUCACCUUUCCAGGCGAUCGUUGUAAAAGACACCGAUGUGUCAAAGAUCAAAGUCACCGGGAACGGCAUUCAACCAAACGGUCCGUGCGUGAAUCAUCCAACAGAGUUUACGAUAGAUGCACGAGGAAUCGCGAAGACAGAGAACGAUAAUAGCAAGGUUUCCUGUACGAUUAAUAGUCCUAGCGGUGAUAAAACCGAGAAAAUCAUUAUUCCUCAAGGAGAUGGAACCUAUUGCGUCAGUUACACACCGUUUGAAGAAGGACGUCACACUAUAGAUAUACUUUACGACAACGUUCCUAUUCCUGGCUCACCUUUCUCAGUUAACGUUCAACGGAUCAGCGAUCCCAGCAAAUGUCGGGCAUAUGGACCUGGCUUGAAGAAGGGACUUUUAAAUAAGCUCAACACAUUCACCAUAGAAACGAAAGAUGCUGGCAAUGGCGGGUUGGCUUUAUCUAUGGAGGGUACUGCCCAACCAAAGAUGGCCUGCAAAGACAAUUACGAUGGAUCCUGUACUGCUGAAUAUAUCCCAACUGAACCGGGUGAUUACGAAGUAUCUAUUAAAUUCGCGGAUCAACAUAUUCCUGGAUCUCCGUUUCAUAUACUAGUUGUGAACGAAACAGAGGCAAGCAAAGUUGUUGCGUACGGUACAGGAUUGGAGACCGUGCGAGAAAAUGUACCAGCUAAGUUCAUUGUGAACACUUCAAAAUGUAAUCCAGCACUAUGGGAUAUCACGUUAAAGUCUGACAAAGUACAAGUUCAGAAACCGGUGAUUAAGAAUAUCGGAGACGGUUUAUACGAAGUUGUUUAUCAACCACCGCCUGCUGGAAGCAAUUUACAAGUUGGAGUGACUUAUGAUGGAGAAGAUAUACCAGGAAGUCCUUUCAAACCGAAAGUUCUACCCACUGUGGAGCCAAACAAAGUUGUUUUGUCGGGUCCAGGAGUGUCACCUGUUUGUACCGCGUCUUUCCCAGUUGACUUCGUGGUGGAUACCUCCAAAGCUGGCUACGGUGACCUCGAAGUUCAAGUUCUGGGUCCAGAUCAGGUACCGCGCAGAGUUGAAAUUCAGGACCUUGGGGACGGAAAAUAUAAGGCAACCUAUCUGCCUGAUGAUUGUGGCCGCUACAAAGUUAACGUGAAGUACGGAGGUAAAGAAGUAUCAGGAUGUCCAGUGAACGUUCAAAGCGUUUCAACUGGAAAAGCCGACCAGUGCAAGAUCAAAGAGGGUAUUCAACACACUUUGGCCCAAGGUGAAGAAUACUGUAUUACAGUGGACACCGAAAAUGCUGGUCGUGGAGCAGUAACCUGUCGUAUACGUUCUGUUUCUGGAAGCGAAGUGGUGGAUAUUGACAUUGAGGACAAUGGAGAUGGCACGGUGAACAUUUACUAUACGGUGGCAGACGCUGGCGAUUACACCCUCAACAUCAAAUUUGGUGGUCAGCCGGUACCAGAUGGAUUUUAUACCUUCACGGCCUCAGAAGAAUACCGAGAACAUAGCACGCACAAAACUCACAGAGCGAAGAGGACCAGACAAAAGCAGGAACAACGCGUUGAACAACAUAGUUCGAGCGUGCAAGAAAGUUCCAGCGUAUCGAAGAAGAAUUUCAACGUAAUCCGAUUGAACAACAUCCCGUUAUCAUUAGCUGGCGGCAACGUAACAUCCGAAGUGAAGAUGCCGAGCGGGAACGUGGAUAAGCCAGUGAUCGAAGACAAUCACGAUGGUACGGUGUCUAUUAAAUACGAACCCAGAGAAGAAGGGCAACAUGAAAUCGCAGUAAAGUUCAACGGUGAACAUGUUCAGGGUUCGCCAUUCAAGUUCCAUGUGGAUUCUUUGGCAAGUGGUUAUGUCACGGCGUACGGACCAGGUUUAAUAUACGGUGUUUGCGGUGAACCUGGAAAUUUCACCAUUUCCACCAAAGGAGCAGGUGCUGGUGGACUCUCGUUAGCAGUCGAAGGACCUAGUAAAGCUGAAAUCUCCUGUCACGACAACAAGGAUGGAACAGUUUCAGUGUCCUAUCUACCAACUGCUCCGGGAGAAUACAAAAUUACUGUCAAGUUUGGUGACAAGCACAUCCGAGGCAGUCCUUAUGUUGCUAAAAUUACAGGCGAAGGUCGCAAGAGAAAUCAAAUCUCAGUUGGUUCGUCGAGCGAAGUUCAGUUACCCGGCAAAGUCACCGACUCCGACAUACGAUCCUUAAAUGCGUCCAUCACUGCGCCAAGUGGCCUCGAGGAGCCGUGUUUCUUAAAAAUGCUGCCAAACGGUAACAUGUGCGUUUCCUUCACGCCUCGAGAGGCCGGCGAGCACACAGUCGCGGUGAAGAAAUUGGGCAAACACAUCCCAAAUUCACCUUUCAAGAUCGACGUGAAAGAUCGCGAGGUUGGCGACGCGAAGAAGGUGAAAGUGUCCGGCGGUGGCUUGAAAGAGGGUAAAACACACGUCGAGAAUAACUUCUCGAUCGACACGAGGAACGCCGGUUUCGGUGGUCUCUCGUUAUCCAUGGAAGGACCGAGUAAAGCAGAAAUCCAGUGUAAAGAUAACGAAGACGGCACGUUGAACAUCUCGUACAAACCUACCGAGCCUGGUUACUACAUAAUGAACCUGAAAUUCGCCGAUCAUCACGUGGAAGGAUCGCCGUUUACCGUGAAGGUCACCGGAGAGGGUAGCAAUCGUCAGAGGGAGAAAAUCCAGAGGCAGAGGGAAGCUGUGCCUAUCACAGAGGUUGGAAGUCAAUGUAAACUAACGUUCAAGAUGCCUGGAAUCACCUCGUUCGAUCUUACCGCGACUGUCACCUCGCCGGGAGGUGUAACUGAGGAUGCUGAGAUCAAAGAAGUCGAAGAUGGACUGUACGCUGUUGCGUUCGUACCUAAGGAACUCGGAGUGCACACGGUGUCUGUCCGUUACAAAGAGAUGCACAUCCCUGGAUCGCCGUUCCAAUUCACCGUUGGUCCACUCAGGGAUGGCGGAGCUCACAGAGUCCACGCAGGUGGUCCUGGUUUGGAGAGAGGAGAACAGGGUGAACCCUGUGAAUUCAAUAUUUGGACCAGAGAGGCUGGAGCUGGUACUUUGGCUGUGUCGGUCGAAGGACCCAGCAAAGCUCAAAUUGACUUCAAGGACAGGAAAGAUGGCAGCUGUUACGUCAGUUACAUCGUUUCAGAACCUGGUGAAUACAGGGUAGGAAUAAAAUUCAACGACCAACAUAUCCCCGAUUCUCCGCACAAAGUUUACAUAUCGCCGGCAAUGGGAGAUGCUCAUAAGCUCGAAGUGGCACAAUUUCCGGAGAGUGGCGUGCAACCUGACAAGCCAGCCACCUUCCUCGUUCGCAAAAAUGGUGCCAAAGGUGAACUUGACGCGAAGAUUGUCUCGCCGAGCGGUAUCGAAGAUGAUUGCUUCAUUCAGGUCAUCGACUCUGAUACUUACUCCGUGCGACUUAUGGCACGCGAGAACGGCGUUCACAAUAUUCAUAUAAAGUUUAACGGUGUUCACAUACCCGGUAGUCCUUAUCGUAUUAAAGUCGGCAAAGUGGACGCUGAUCCAGCUGCAUUGCAAGCUUAUGGAAACGGUCUUAAGGAGAUUAAAACCGGCCAAAAAACAGACUUUAUCAUCGAUACCUGUAAUGCCGGAAGUGGUGCGUUAAGUGUGACCGUUGACGGCCCAAGCAAAGUAGCAAUGGACUGUACGGAGGUUGAAGAGGGCUACAAAGUUAGAUACACUCCUCUGGUACCUGGAGAUUAUUAUAUUAGCAUCAAGUAUAACGGAUAUCACAUCGUUGGUUCGCCGUUCAAGGUUCCCUGUACUGGUGCGGAUCUGGCAGAAAGAGGCGCUCAGGAAACAAGUUCCAUCGUGGUCGAAACUGUUCAGAAAAUGUCUAAAGCGAAACAAACCGGGCCAGUUUUACCUCUGUUCAAAUCAGAUGCCAGUAAGAUUACGAGCAAAGGAAUGGGUUUGAAAAAAGCAUACUUAGGCAAACAGAAUCAGUUUGCUGUAAACGCGAGCGACGCUGGUAACAACAUCUUGUACGUUGGCGUGUACGGACCUAAAGGUCCGUGUGACGAAGUGUUUGUGAAGCACACAGGUCGUAAUAAUUAUAACGUGAGCUAUUUGGUUCGCGAAAGGGGCGAAUACAUUGUUAUCGUAAAAUGGGGCGACGAACAUAUCCCUGGCUCGCCGUACAAAGUCGAAGUAUAAAUAAAAAUAUCCUAAGAGAAAAAAACGAACAAACUGAAAGUGAAAUUCCAACGAAACCCUACGAAAAUUUUGCUCUGUACUGUGGUCAGACUUCUACAUUGAUUGUUCCAUAUUAGAAUUUUGACAAUUAUCCGCUGAAGCACUUGUUUACUUAAAAGAAUAGAACGAUAAAGUGUAAUGUUCGCGUAAUAGAAACCGUGAUACGAGAAUGUUGAAACGAAUAGCGUGUUAUUUAAAUAUAAAAAUACGUCUUCCUCUGCUGGAAAUAAUUUUAUUAAGAUAUAAUUGAAAGUUAAUAUAUAUUUUCUUUGAAUAUAAACUUCUCGCGCACAUCUAUCUUCACUUCGAAUUUUACAAAGAAGAAACAUUGUGUACACAAGCAUGAGCAAUGGAAGAAAACUUGUAUUACACGAAAUACGAAUAUUUUGCCAUAUAAAGGGUCUUUCAUUUAUCUCAAUCACCUGAAAUAUCCCUGUUACUUUUAAUGGUAUGAAAAACUUACGAAAAGAGAAAGUUAUUUAUCUCGAGGAGACGAAUGUUGUUAUUUGUUUUAAACGACAUGCUUUUAUUGCCAUAGCAUUAAGACUGAGGAAAUAAUCCAUUUACCCAUGCAAGAUAAAAUAAUUUUUAUAUGAUCUUAAUUAAAAAAAAUUUAACGUUUCAAUUUAUAAACGUUUUUAAGAAUGAGUUGUAAUAGAUCUUCGAAAUAAUAUCGAUAAUGUCAUUUCAAAACAAAUAACCAUCCUCGGACAGUUUUUCGUACUGUUGGUAGCUAAUGGAGAUGUUCCAGAUGUUUAAGUCAAAUGAA